AUGACACGCGGCAAGUUCUUGAUGCUUUCCCGCCCAGCACAAAAACCCUAAAAUUAGGGUUUGUGGGAUUUUCGCGAUGUUUUCCUCGCAAGUGGGCACGGAGCCGCCUCCGCGCAAGCGGGCGAAGAUCUCGGCCGAGAGGGAUCACGAUGACUAUAUGCGAGGAAAUAUCACCCAAAUUCGUGUCCACAACUUCAUGACUUACUCCGACAUCACGAGCAAGCCCGGGCCGCGGUUGAAUCUCGUGAUUGGGCCGAAUGGAACGGGGAAGAGCUCGCUUGUGUGCGCUCUCGCUAUUGGGCUCGGUGGAGAGCCACAGCUGCUUGGUCGUGCUGGGCAUAUUGGGGACUAUGUGAAAAGAGGGGAGGAUUGCGGCUGGGUUGAGAUCACACUCCGGGGUGACUCACCGGAUGCUUCGACGAUCAUUAAGCGGAGUUUCAACAAGCAGAACAAGUCAGAGUGGCAGCUGAAUGGAAGGUCGUCAACGAAGAAAGCUGUGCUCGAGAGUGUGCAGCAGUUUAACAUUCAAGUCAACAAUCUUACUCAGUUUUUACCACAAGAUAGAGUCUGUGAGUUCGCAAAAAUGACUCCAAUUGAGCUACUGGCGGAGACAGAAAAAGCUGUAGGGGAUCCAGAGCUUUCUCACCAACACGAGAAGCUUGUCACGUUAAAUCAGCAGCUCAAGCAGCGCCAAUUGUCUGUCAGGCAGCUUGAGAACGCAUUAAGGCAACACAAGAGUAACAACGCCGAGCUUGAGAAAGACGUGGAGCGGGUCCAGGAACGAAAUAGAUUGUUUGAGAAAGCAGAAUCGAUGAGCAAAAAACUUCCGUGGCUCAUGUAUGAUAAAGACAAAAAUAUGUAUGUGGAGGGCAAGAAGAGAUUGAAAGCCGCCGGGGAAGUUCUAAAAACUUUGACGGAGCAGUUGGCGGGUCUGAAGCGUCCAAUCGACGAUAAAAAAAAGAAGAAAUCGACAGCAGAAUCUGCGCUCAGAAAGCUUCGUGAAGAAAUAUCGAAAUCCGAGGUGAAGCGGAGGGAGAUUGGGAAGAAGGAGACCGAUUGGAAUGCUAAGGUGAAGGCGAAACAGAGUCAUAUUGAGGACGCUCAGCGAAAUGAAGCUAACCGUGUUGAAAGAAUUCGUAAUAAUAGGCGUCAGCUUCAAGAAGCUGAAGACGAGCUAGCGAGAUUUCCAGAUAUUAAGCUACAGACAGAAGAAACAGCUGAACUUUGCCAAAGGAUAACAGAUCUGGAAGGCCAAGCCCAGGAUAAAAAGCGUUUGGUGCAAGAGCUGGAACGUUCUCAAAACCAUAGGAGGAGGGACAUUGAACGAUGGAAUAACAGGCUUUCGGAGAUUGCCAAUGUUACAAACCAGCGUUUGGAUCUUCUGAAGCGCUACGGGUGUCCACAAAUUUAUGAAGCUUAUCGCUGGGUUGAGUCGCACCGACAGGAGUUUAGACGUGAAGUCUAUGGUCCGGUUCUUGUUGAGGUGAACAUCCCGAACAAGGAUCUGGCAGCUUAUGUCGAAGGCCAAGUAGCCAAUUAUAUAUGGAAGUCCUUUGUGACUCAAGACGCACAAGAUCGAGAUCUUCUCGUCAGAAACCUAAAGCAAUAUGACGUACCCGUGAUUAACUUCACUGGCGAUGAACCCCCUGUUCCAGGCAUGAGAAUUACACCACAGAUGGAAAGCCUUGGGGUUUCUGGAAGACUGGAUCAAGUUAUCGCUGGUCCACAAGUCGUGAAAGACGUUCUUGUUGGACAGUUCGCCUUGAACUAUUCUUUUAUAGGUUCUGCCGAAAGUAAUAUACGAGCCAACGAAGUAAAUGGGCUAGGAAUCAAAGACCUUUGGACUCCAGAGAAUCACUUUCGAUGGCAAGAAUCUAGAUAUGGAGGGCACGUUUCAGCCAGUGUGAAUCCUGUUCGACCAGCUCGAAUGUUUUCGCCUAGUGUGGAUACAACAGAAUCGGAGGAAUUGCAGCGCAGAAAAGUUGAAGCAGAGAGUGCUCUAGCGCUAUGCAACAACGAUUUGAGGGCGCGCGCAAGUGAACAGCGAGAGCUGGAAGAUCAAGCAGCGGAGCUACAUAGACAGAGAGAAGCGAUUGUGAGAAGAAAUCAAGCUGAAGUGAGGCGACGAAAAGACUUAGAACUAAAAAUAGACCAACGACGAAGAACACUAGCUUCGAGUGAGAACGAGGAAGACCUGCAAAUUGUAGUUGACAGGCAUCGAUCUACUAUCAAGGACUUAAACUUGAAGCGUUGUAGCAAGGCGAUAGAGCUAAAGGACAUUCUAAUCCAUACUGUCAACGUCCAAAUCAGCCAUAACAUACAAUAUCUGGAGUCGAUGGAGCUCGAUGCCGAGGUGAGGCAGAUGGAGAGGGAUAUUAGAGCUCAGGAGACACGAGGUGCUCAAGCGCAAAGAACCUGGGACGAAUGUAAAGUUGAGGUCGAGAGCUUGAAAAGUUCUCUGGCAAAAGCCAAAGAAAUAGCUGAAAAAAAGGCGCCGCUUACUCCUGAGCUUCAAGCAGCUUUUGCCGAAAUGCCAGAUACGAUUGAGGACUUGGAAGACGCAAUAGAGACAGCUAAAGCCCAAGCGCGGGCUGUUAUUUUUUCGAACCCCAAUGUCUUGGAAGAGUAUGAACGCCGCUGCGAGCAGAUUAAGAGUGGCACUGCAAGGCUGGAGGUUGAGACUAACGCACUAAACUCUUGUGUGGAGGAGAUGAAUACGAUACAGUCAACGUGGUUAACAACCUUACGGGAAAUAGUGUCUAGAAUUAACUCCACUUUCAGUAGGAAUUUCAAGGAGAUGGCUGUUGCAGGCGAGGUUUCAUUAGACGAGCAAGGGACCGAUUUCGAUAAAUAUGGCAUUCAUAUCAAAGUCAAGUUCAGAGAAACGGGAGAACUGCAGGUUUUGAGUGCACACCACCAAUCUGGAGGGGAACGCUCGGUGUCAACUAUACUCUACCUUGUCUCACUCCAAGACCUUACCCACUGUCCGUUUCGUGUUGUGGAUGAGAUAAACCAAGGAAUGGAUCCCUUCAACGAACGUAAGAUGUUUCAGCAAUUAGUGAGAGCUGCAAGUCAGCCCAACACACCCCAGUGUUUCCUUCUUACUCCUAAACUUCUUCCGGAGCUUGAAUAUUCAACAGCGUGCAGCAUUCUAUACAUCAUGAAUGGACCUUGGAUAGCAGCACCUUCAGAAGUGUGGAAGAAUGGGGAAAGCUGGUCUCGGCAGUUUGCCUCGUCCUCUUAGGUAUUUAAAGUAAAUGUUAACCAAUUUUGUGACUUGUCCUUUUAACUUCACUAUAACAUGGAUAACCUUUCUCCUUC